UGGACUGAAGUCGAUAAUCCCAUCAGACUGUGUACGACGGCGGCUUUGCCACAAACUGAGCCAGGCUUCACUCCUUGUUGGCUUACUUGCGAUCGUUUUCUUCUCGUCGGAUUAAGUUAGGAAGAAUGGCAACCCUCCAAAUUUCGCGUGGUGUCUUUUCUGCGCGCACCUCAGCGCCAGUCAGGAGCUUGGCCUCGGUCCGGACUGUGGCUACCCCUGUUUUGGUCAGCCCUCGUAGCUCACAAGCUAGCUCUUUCUUGGGCGAGGCAACGCUGGUCGCGCCAUCUUCGGGGAUGAAAUGGACCAUGAUGCGCCACGGCAACAAGGUUAAGCAUCUUGGUCGCCCAGCUGACCAGCGCAAGGCGCUCAUUCGGUCGCUAGUGACCGAGGUGAUUCGCCACGGCGCAAUUCGCACAACAAAGGUGAAGGCAAUGGUUAUUCGCAAGUACGUUGACCACAUGAUCACCCUGGCUAAGAACGGCUCCUUGCACGCUCGUCGCCAGGCUCUUGGCUUCAUCUACGACAAGGACCUGGUUGCCAACCUGUUCGACAAUGCCCCCGAGCGCUACGCGGACCGACAAGGCGGCUACACGCGCGUCAAGACGGAGCCCAUGCUCCGACGCGGCGAUGCCACUGAGAUGGCCAUCAUCGAGCUCGUGUAGAGCAGCUGCGGCAGCAGCAGCGGCAGCAGCAGCGGCAGCAGCAGCGGCAGCAGCGCCUUGUGGCAGCAGCCGCGGCAGCAGCGCCUUGUGGCAGCAGCUGCGUUGGGGGCGGCAGGAGCAGCUCCAGCUGUAUCUUGCGGGGGCGGCGGCGGCAGAGGAGCAGCGGUGGCGGCAGAGGAGCAGCGGUGGCCAUUCAGCAGCAGGAGAGCGUCAGGGGCGGCGGUGUUGCUUGCUGGCCUGCAGCAGCGGCUGAGGCAGCAGCGGUGGCAGCAGCAGCAGCUGCAGCGGCAGGCAGAGGACUAGCCGGGGAUGCAAGCUGCGGUAGCAGAGGCUGCGUUCUGCGCUCAGCUGGGACUUGCCGUGGAGGAAGCCUGCCUACCUGUUUACGGCUGGAGCGGCUGUGUUGCUGGAGGACGAUUGCUGAGGGGCUUGGUGCUGAAGAUGAGGACGAUGUGCAGCAUGCUAAGGGAGGCAUGGAGUGGAGGGUUUUCCCCGGUCAGGCAUGGGAGCUGGGAAGGGGCGGGGCUACCGGCGGUUAGCGGUUUUGCGGCUGUGGCGGACUGGGGGGCAUUAUAGCAGCAGCGGGCUCGGCAGCGGCGUUAGCAUGCAUGGUGCUCUCCCGUAGGGUGGCCUGUUGAGGAAGGAGGAGUGCGCUCUGAAGGGUUGCGGCGCUCUGCGGGUGCUGGUGCUGCUGGGGGGUCGCGCCCCUUUACAGCCUGUUGUUGGCAAACACAGACCUGGCAUCAGACCUGUGGGCCCCCUGGCCUCGGUCACGUCCCAGGCCGCAACCCGUUUCAUGAAAGGGGCCGUUUUGACUUAUUAUGGAUGUAGAUGUGGGGGCUGGGAAAGAAGACGAAGGUAGGGUCCUGGUGACGGGGUGGUUGGGGCCGAUUGCUAUUAUGACUGCGUUUCUGAGAGAGUGUUCUUUGCCGACACGCUAAAGGCGAUGCACAGGAAGCGUUGCGAAAGGCGAGGGAGGAGGUGUGAAUGUGUCGUAGAAGUGGCGACGCUUGGUAUCCACGGUUUUCGGCAAUUUCGUGGGGGCUGUGUAUGCUGCCAAGAUUUCGGGCUGCAAUGCAAAUUUUCCCGUUUGCACGUUUUGCUGCUUGUAAUGG